UGGAAUGCAAGUAAGCAUUUACGACAUCAAUAUGAAAAAAACAGCUAUUCUAAACAAGUUUAGCACAGACUUUGAUGUCAGCAAAGUCUGUGCUAAACUUGUUUAGAAUAGCUGUUUAUUAGAAUGUACGCAGUUUGCGUAGGACACGCAGCAAAGUGAUAACCACGCCCUCUCCGGUCACAGAAUGGCGUAACACCGGACAUGAAAACAUCGUUUGACAUUUGAUAGUUAGAAGGCAGUGUGCAGACGUUUACUGAGAUACAGAACAAAGCCAUCAUGGUCUCAGAAUGGGUCUUAUAUAUAAUAUUUUACCUGCUCUCUGCUGUUUUUACUGCAUUUCUUGCGUAUUGUCUGUACAUUCAUCAUCUUCAUCAGAAAUAUGAUCAUAUACCUGGACCUCCCAGAGACAAUUUUCUGCUUGGACAUUCACCAUCUCUUACUAAAGCGAUGUACUCCGACGACAGCCUUAUACAUGACUUAUUUCUUCAAUGGGCAGAAAAAUAUGGCCCCGUUUACAGGAUUAACACUUUGCAUUAUAUUGCAAUAUUGGUUCACUGCCCAGAGGCUACGAAGACAAUCUUGAUGUCACCUAAGUAUGCAAAAGAUCCAUUUUCCUACAGUCGCCUCUUUAACUUGUUUGGAAAAAGGUUCUUGGGAAAUGGGCUUGUUACAGCUGUGGACCAUGACAUCUGGUACAGGCAGCGUCGCAUCAUGGAUCCAGCCUUCAGCAGCUCAUACUUACGAAGCUUAAUAAGCACUUUUGACGAGAUGUCAGAACGCCUGAUGGACAAGCUGGAGGAAAUGGCCAACAACAAAACCCCUGCCGUCAUGCACGACCUGGUCAACUGUGUUACACUUGAUGUCAUUUGCAAGGUGGCUUUUGGUGUUGAUUUAAACUUCUUGACUCAAAAGGAUAGUCCCUUCCAGAAUGCAAUAGAGCUGUGUUUAAAUGGCAUGGCCUUGGAUGCCAGGGACCCAUUAUUUAGGAUUUUUCCCAAAAAUUGGAAGCUUAUACAGCAAAUUAGAGAUGCAGCAGUACUCUUGAGGAAAACGGGAGAGAAAUGGAUACAAAACAGGAAGACAGCAGUGAAAAAUGGAGAGGACGUCCCCAAAGACAUUCUCACACAAAUCCUCAAAAUAGCAGAGGAGGAAAAUGUUAACAGCUCAGAAGAUCUUGAGCAGAUGAUGGACAAUUUUGUGACUUUCUUCAUUGCUGGCCAAGAGACAACAGCCAAUCAGCUCUCAUUUGCAAUCAUGGCAUUAGGGAGAAAUCCAGAGAUAUAUAAACGAGCUAAAGCAGAGGUGGAUGAAGUCCUCGGAACCAAAAGGGAAAUUUCAAAUGAAGACCUUGGAAAAUUGACUUACUUGUCUCAAGUGUUGAAGGAAACCCUGCGUCUGUACCCCACUGCGCCAGGAACCAAUCGCUGGCUUCAUGAGGACAUGAUCAUAAACGGCAUUAAAAUCCCUGGAGGCUGUUCUGUUAUGUUCAGCUCUUUUGUCUCCCAAAGACUGGAAAAGUUUUUCAAAGAUCCGUUGAAGUUUGAUCCAGAGAGGUUUGAUGAGAAUGCCCCAAAGCCUUAUUACUGCUACUACCCAUUUGCACUUGGUCCACGAACCUGUCUUGGGCAGGUCUUCUCACAGAUGGAGGCAAAAGUUGUGCUUGCCAAACUGCUCCAGAGAUUUGAGUUCAGUCUGGUCCCUGGACAGUCUUUCGACAUUAAAGACACGGGAACUCUUCGGCCCAAGAGCGGAGUGAUCUGCAACAUCAAGCAGUGCUCAUAGGACAUGUUUAAAUCUUUUCUGAAAUAAAUCCUCUUAUAUUAGUCAUUAAUCAGAGGACAGAAGUUGUAACAGAGUAAUCACAUGAUGAUGAUCCAUCCAUUGAUUACAAUGAAAAUAUAUUAACUCACAGUGCAUGAAUUAAUAUUAAGUGUGCUUCACAAUAUUUACAGUAUUAAUCAAGCUUUACACAGGUGAGUGGUCUGACAAACCACCUGUAGAAACACAAUCUCAUUAAACAAAAAGACUUUACUCUAGCACUACUCUGAGCACAAGUAGUUCCUUUGUAUAACCAGUGCUUAUUUUUUGUAUUGCCUCUUUUUGAAUUGCUGAAUUCCUCCUCAGUUGUAGGUCGAUGUGGAGUAAAACGAUGCAUUAAAAACAUUUAAAAGCGUU